AUGCCCGCCUACUUCUACCAUCUUCGCCUGCAGCUCUCACAUAACUCUGCAUCGUCUUUAGAUGUACAAUCUGUGUGGGAAACCCUCCAGCCAUUCCAAAGCCAGCAUUUGACCUCCACCGUAACACCAACCGAACGCACCCCACCAACCCCAGAAAACGCACCCGCACAUCGCAAGCUCCCCACCCGGCAAACUCACACUCCACCUCGAAUCCAAAAUAGCGCUGAUCUCAAUAUCUACACUGGCACGUCCAUCUGCGCCCAAGACAAGCGCUUCGGCGCCAUCACAGUCGAGUCUAUCAAUAUGGUCCCUCCAUCUCACGAAGUGACCAAACGCUCGAAAUACCCCGCCGCGGAAUCGGAAAAUCUAGUUGCUGCAGGAAUCGGUACAGAUAUUCUAGGUGGAUUGCGCACGCGGGGCCGCUACAUUCCCCUCGAAGGCGAAGUCGUCGACAGCGUAUGGGGAAUUGUCCACCUUUACCGCGACACGCAUGAAACACCUUACUUGAACGAUGAAGAAUACCCCGUCCAUUUGAAAGGCUCAGCGGCCGCAGCGCGGCAUCCCGUCGAGCGAAAUUUGGCAGGCAACAGCAAAGACCUUUCAGCAUACCCAUUUCCCGCACAGAACCCAGACGAGGAUUGUAAGACGCUAUGCAUUCUCGCUGUGCCAUCUUAUCUAUCCCCGCCGGAUUUCCUGGGAUUCAUGGGUGAGAAGACGAUGGACGAUGUUAGUCAUUUCCGCAUGAUCAGAACUACACGCCCCAAUCGGUAUAUGGUCCUCAUGAAGUUCCGGAGUGGAAAGCAAGCGAGAGACUGGCAAAAAGAGUGGAAUGGGAAAGUCUUCAAUAGCAUGGAGCCGGAGACAUGUCAUGUCGUUUUUGUCAAGACGGUUGAAAUCCAAGUGGUCUCUGAUGAUCCGGCUCUAUCGCCCACCGAACAUGCACAUUUGCCCUCGCCUAGCCUCUCUACGCCAUCAGGGCAGGCAACUCUCACGGGAAAACCUCUUGCGCCGCCUACGCCCGCGCUGGUCGAGCUGCCUACCUGCCCCGUGUGUCUUGAGCGAAUGGAUGAGACAACGGGGCUACUGACGAUCAUCUGUCAACAUGUCUUCCAUUGCACGUGUCUUCAAAAGUGGAAAGGGAGCGGCUGCCCUGUGUGCCGGUACACACAGGAUGAUUUCCGCAAAAGCAAUGCGGGUCUGAGACCUGAAGAAGAGGAACAUGAAUGUCACGUCUGUCAUACUGAGGAUAACCUUUGGGCGUGUCUUAUAUGUGGUACUGUCGGUUGCGGCCGCUAUGACGGUGCGCAUGCCUUCGAACACUGGAAGGAAACAGCCCACGCUUUCUCUAUGGAUCUUUCAUCCCAGCGAGUCUGGGAUUAUGUGGGUGAUGCCUACGUCCACCGCAUUAUCCAAAGUAAAACAGAUGGCAAGCUCGUCGAAUUACCGGCAGCUGACCACAGUGCCCUUGACCCAGACUGGAGUGACGCAGUCCCUCGUGAAAAGUUGGAAAACAUGAGCGUCGAGUACACGCACCUCUUGACCAGCCAGUUAGAAAGCCAACGUGCUUAUUUCGAGGAGAUUGUAGAGCGAGCGGUGGACAAAGCAUCAAAGGCCAGCGCCGCUGCAGUAGCGGCUGAAAUGAAUGCGUCUAAUGCGUCCAAUCGUCUUCAGGAUUUACAGUCCAAGUACGAUACCAUGGCUAUUGAGACAUUACCCUCGCUUGAGCAAGACCGUUCAAGGGCCGAAAAGCGUGCGGAGAAGUUCGAGGCUUUGUCUCGUACGUUCGAGAAAAAGUAUCAGGAGGAACGCUCGAUGAAUCAAAACAUGUUGGAAAGGUUGGAUCUACUUGACAAGGAGGUCCAGGGACUGAAGACCUCGAAUGCCGACCUUGCAGAACAAAAUCGUGACCUUACCUUCUUCAUUAGCGGCUCACAGCGUCUGCAGGGACAAGGAGAGGAGGUCGAGCAGGGGACACUCAGUGUCCCUGAUCCUCCGAAAAAGAACAAGAAGAAGGGAAAGAAAUAG